AAAAUUCAGUCGUAACGCAAACAAAUAAUGGUCAAUUUUGGAAGUCUUCAUCAAUUUUCAUUCUAUAUCGCGUUCAAUAACCUAAGUUGAAAAGCUGAAAGUAUUUUAUGGCAGAAUUGCAUAUCAUCGGGCAGAUUUCCAAGGCAAAAAGGUUUCCUAAGCAACAUUUAUUUUGCAAAUGGCAUCUAAAAAUUGGUAAUAAUUGGAAAAUAAUAUCCGGAAAGAAAGAAGGCCAAACUCAAGUCAGUUGGUCUCAGUUUGAUCCAUCUUGUAGAUGGUACUAUCCUAUUGAUAUUCACCUUUCAAGUGCAGGCAUACAAGGUUGGCCUAAAAUUUAUAUCGAAGUAUACCACCUAGAUUGGUUAGGUCGCGCCCAUCUAUUUGGAUACGGUACUAUAACAAUACCAACAAGUCCAGGAACCCAUUCUAUCGACUGUUACACUUGGAGACCGUAUGGUACCGUAAAAGACCGCUUCAUCCAGCAUUUUCUAGGUGGUGGAGUCCAACUGAAAUAUCCAAAUGAAGUGUUCUCUCCUGGAGAACGAUACAAAUUAUCAACUGAGGCAAUGGGCGUAGUUUCUUUCGACUUGUCUGUAGUUUUAAGGAAUUUCACUAAUUACGGAGUUGAAUAUUGAAUGAAGCAUCAUGGGUUUGAUGAUAAUAAUACUUUUAUCGACAAUAAUUGUUCAUUCUCAAAAUACACAAAGUUCAGAAUAUCACUCGACGAUUGACACUAGUACUUCUACUUCUGAUACAAGUGGUAUCGACGAUUCCAUUAUUAGCACUACUCAAAUAUCUGACUCAGAUGGGAAUCUCACCACCAUAUUGCCACUCACAACUUGUGAUAUAAAUUCUACAAGCUGUACAACCGAAAUGCUCAAUGUCACCACGUCCAAACCCACACUUCUUGAAAAUAAAACUCAGAUACCAAUAAACACAUCAAAUAGAAGGAAAGCAUUGGGAAACAUAGAUUUCUGUACUUGUGAUCUACAGUUGAACUUUUGCGAUAUCAACUGUUGCUGUGAUGAAGACUGUUAUCCAGAAGACAAACUGAUAUUUGAUCAUUGUCAAGUAGAAAAUAGGGUGUACGAUACAAGAUACUGUGAAUAUAUCAAGUACAUUUACAUCAAUAACACGCCAUUCCAAUGGCAAAUCAACCAGAAUGGAUUAUUUUGCGUUGUCAAAAGUAAUUUAGCGCCUUUCUAUACCAUACAACGAAAACAUGCUCUGAGGAGUUUCAGAGAAGCCGAAAGUGAAAAGACUGGGCUAUUCUCAUGGCCUAAGUGCGUAAGCUCUGAUCAAGACGACAUAAUGAAUGUCACGAAAAAGUUUGUGUAUGGGAAUCGAAUUUUCAUUAUUCAGAAUAGACAACUGAAGAAAUUUCAACUUCCCAAUAAGUUCAUAACUAACAGAUGUUUGUUAAUGGACGAUGUAGUAAAUUUAAAAAAUGUGAGAAAUACCUGUGUUCAAGAUGUUAUUGGAGAAGAUAAUCGAUAUCUUAGUAUGCGAGAAUAUUACGAAAAUUCAUAUAUAAUAGCUUCUGAAAGCUUCAAUCUUACGAAAUAUAGUAGGAAUUCGUUUCAAGAUUGUCCAAAAAAUGUGUGCUUGCCAAUAGCGCCGAGAAUUUGUAACGAGCAUUUGAACGAUUGCAUGAAUAUUACGAAAAAUGAUAGUAGAAUCAAAGUGACAUGUAACUUGAUCCUGAACAAACAUUCAUGUGUGAAUAUGGUGAAGAAAGCUCAGUAUAAUUUUUAUCAUAAUGGAACAAAUGGAUUUUCACAAGUAAUCUUGCUCGUAUAUUUGGAAAAUAUCUCUUAUCAAUUUUGGAGAAGAGAUCUUGAAUUUUCACAAGAGUUUUCUGUGAACUUUUGGUGGAUGAACCAAACUAGAAAUUAUUCAGAAAUCUUGAGUGGAAAUCCCGGAUAUCUGAUUGGAAAACCAAUUCUCACUGGAUUAUUGAUCAACAUUGGAAACAAAACUCAUGAGCUACUUAUUAUUAAGAGAAAUUCCUCUCGAUUCAUAAAUAAUUUUCUAAUAAUACCUGGAAAUGAAGGUGGCUUCUGUAUGUCUACUGAAAUGGCACAUAUUGUUGUUGAAUUUGGUUAUAAUCUACUAACAAAAUGUAAAUACCAGAGAAACAUUGUUGAAAAGAAAAAAGUUAAUGGUACAGAUGUGUGUCGAAAUAUCCAACGUUCAGUAUUUCAGUUAUGGGAUGUCGAUGAAAAGAAGAAUGUCACUUUUGGUUCAUUUGGCAAUGCCAAUACCACUCUACCUGAUGAAUGGUUGAAGAUACUGUACAAAAAAGAUCCCUCAUCAAUACUUGAUAGCAUUUUUGGAAUAUACAAUUCCAAAACCAAUUUGUUAUUAUGUUUUGAAAUAGCUACGUGCUUGAAUAUCGACUUAUUCCAUUCUAAAAUUGAUGUAGGAAGUCUACACAAUCAAGAAAAGUUGCUGGCAGUGACCUAUACGUUUAACGGAUUUGUGAAUAAAACAUUUUUCUUCAACAAAAAUUCUAGUUCUGCUUCUUUUGAACUAGAUCUGCAAAGCCGAGUGACAUUUUACGAUAUUUCGAAACCCAAAGUGAACAAGAUGUUGGAUCCGCCAAGUUUGAAUAUCAAGUUGCCCUAUGAUUUUUUUUAUCCAUUUGUGAAAAUUGAUAAUAGUUCUGUAAAUCCCGCACCUUUAAUGAUGACCUUAUUCAUCAAUAUCAUCAUAAUAGUGAUCAGCAAUUGUUGUCUAUGAUAUAUAUUGAAUAUUAGUGUUUAGGAAUUGAUGUUUAUUUUCUCAAAUAUAUUUUUG